GCGCAUGACUGUACGUCAGUUAAUAUGAAGUAGGCCUCCUGUUUUUCUCCCUCAACCCGGCGGAGUCCUCCUGCCUGGCCCCCACCGACUCGAUGCAACAAACACGGAGGCUGCUGUCGACUAAGGUGAGGUGUGGCUCACGCAUGAAGAUUAGUCAGUGCCUGGAAGGAUAGGAUUGAAAACAGCUAGUUUUGCCUUCAAAGAGACAUUCCAGAAAGUUUGGUUGAUCAUCAUGUCUUUCCCAUGGUCUGUUGCCCUCUCCUGACCCCAAUGACCUCAACGGCAGUUUUGACCAUAGCUUUGACCUCAAACCCAUUCUACGACCCCUGAGACAAGACAUUAACUGACCACGUGCAUAAGCUGCAUUGGGGUGGUCUUCCAAAUGCCUACCUCACGCCUAAAGAGCAAAUCACUGCAGCCACAGCCCUGAUCAGCAGCCACCAUGACAUCAAGCAUAGGGGAUGAUUGUAGCAUCUUUGAUGGGUUGAUGGAAGAAGAUGAAAAGGACAAAGCAAAACGUGUGUCCCGUAACAAGUCUGAGAAGAAACGGAGAGACCAGUUCAAUGUCCUCAUCAAGGAACUCGGCACCAUGUUGCCGGGCAACACCAGGAAGAUGGACAAGUCCACCAUCCUGCAGAAAAGCAUCGACUUCCUGUGUAAACACAAAGAGAUCGCAGCCCAGUCGGAGUCGAGUGAGAUCAGGCAGGACUGGAAGCCUCCGUUUCUUAGCAAUGAGGAGUUCACCCAGCUCAUGCUGGAGGCUCUUGAUGGGUUCUUUAUAGCAAUAAUGACUGACGGGAACAUCCUCUACGUCUCGGAGAGUGUCACCUCACUACUAGAACACCUACCGACGGACUUGGUGGACCAGAACCUGUUAAACUUCCUGCCAAUUGGGGAACACUCUGAUGUGUACAAGGCUCUGUCCACGCACCCCACCGACCACGAGAACCUUAGCUCCGAUUACCUGAAGACUAAGAACCACAUGGAGUUCUGCUGCCAUAUGCUGCGAGGGACCAUUGACCCCAAAGAAUCGCCUAUCUACGAAUAUGUAAAGUUCAUUGGCAACUUCAAGUCACUCAACAAUGUUCCCAACGCAGGGAGGAAUGGUCUAGCAGGGGUGUUACAGCGGUCACUACAACCUGCGUUCGAUGACCAGGUGUGCUUCGUAGCCACUGUUCGCCUGGCCAAACCUCAGUUUAUCAAGGAGAUGUGUACAGUGGAGGAGCCCAAUGAAGAAUUCACCUCUAGGCACAGUCUAGAAUGGAAGUUCCUCUUCUUAGACCAUAGAGCUCCACCUAUCAUAGGAUACCUGCCUUUCGAGGUUCUGGGAACAUCGGGGUACGACUAUUACCAUGUGGACGACCUAGAGACACUAGCCAAGUGUCACGAACACUUGAUGCAGUACGGUAAAGGGAAGUCUUGCUACUAUCGUUUCCUGACUAAAGGUCAACAGUGGAUCUGGCUUCAGACGCACUACUACAUCACCUAUCACCAGUGGAACUCCCGACCUGAGUUUAUUGUCUGUACGCACACAGUAGUCAGCUAUGCAGAGGUGAGGGCAGAACAGCGCAGAGAGCUGGGCAUUGAGGAGGCUAUCCCAGAAGUUACUGCAAAUAAGAGUCAGGACUCUGGCUCAGAGUCACAGCUAAAUACGUCCAGCCUUAAGGAGGCUCUGGAGCGAUUUGACCGCAGCCGAACAGCCUCAACCUCCUCACGGAGUUCUCGCAAGUCCUCUGUCUCUGACAACACUUGCACUUCCUCCAAGCUACACAUGGACACGGCCUCACCUCCUCGGCAGUCAGUGGCCUCCACCAUGGAGAUGACAUCACAGCGUCGCUCAUCCAUCAGCAGCCAGUCUAUGAGCUCUCAGACCACAAACCAGAGUGUAACUGUAGGGAUGAUCACUCAGCAACAGCAACAGCAACAGCAGCAGCAGCAACAGCAACAGCAACAGCAACAGCAACAACAACAGCAACAACAACAACAACAACAACAACAACCACAGCAGCUACAGACAAACGUACAGCCGGUGAUGGAGUUCUCAGCGCAGGUGAAUGCCAUGCAGCAUCUAAAGGAUCAGCUGGAACAGAGGACAAGACUGAUCCAAGCCAACAUCCAGCGGCAGCAGGACGAGCUGAGACACAUCCAAGACCAGCUGCAGAGAGUCCAGGGACAGGGCAUACAGAUGUUGCUGCAGCAGCCAAGUGGAGCGAUGAACGUGCAACUCCCCCAGGUGGGGCCGGUCCAGCAAACAACUACUUUGACCAGUCAGGUCCAGCAAACAACAAUUAACCCCGUCCAUUCAGGAACUCAGCAGCUAACCAUCCAGCAGCAGGCACCGCCCCCCCAACAGAGCCUACAGCAGCAGCAGACCAAUGCCCUCACACAGGAAUUCAUAUCAUGUCCAUCCCUCCUUCCCCACAUUACCACUCUGCAGCCCCAGCGUCAGCCCCAGCAACCUCCCCAGGCUCAGCCCCAGACCCAAGGCUCUGUAUCUGCUCCACUAUACAACACCAUGAUGAUUUCCCAGCCAGGACAGCCCAACGUGCUUCAGAUCAGCACCAGCCUGCCGCAGACCAACACACAGCAAGGCACCGCAGUGGCCACCUUCACACAGGACCGACAGAUCCGGUUCCCAGCGGGGCAGCAGCUAGUUACCAAGCUUGUCACGGCUCCAAUGGCAUGUGGAGCCGUCAUGGUGCCCACCUCCAUGUUCAUGGGACAGGUGGUCACUGCGUACAACCCCUUUGGUGGACAACAGCAGGGAGGGCAAACGCAGACCCUGACUCUGCAACCGGCUCAACCGAACCAAGGUCAGCCCGACGGCCAAAACCAGACCACUGUAGUCGCUCAGGGUGGCCAGCAAGGGCAGCAGCAACAACAGCAAUUCCUACAGGGCACUCGUCUUCUCCAUAGUAACCAGUCUACCCAGCUAAUUCUGCAGGCAGCGUUCCCACUACAACAACAGGGCGCCUUCACGCAGGCAACACACCAACAGCAACCGCAGCAGCAACAACAGCAGCAGCAGCAGCAACAACAACAACAGCAGCAGCAGCAGCAGCAACGGCAGCAACAAUCUCACCACCAGAGGCACCAGCAGCAAUUGAAACCACAGCCCCAGAAACAGCAGAAAGCUCCGUCAUCACACAGGACUGACAGCGUCAGCAGCCAACCACAGUAAAGUCUGGGGGAAAACGUGUUCAGUCGGAACACACAGGGAAUUUUAAGGGAUUGCUGCGUACAUUUGUUUUGGUCGUGUGGCUGUCACAAACUUCCUUUUCCCCCAAAAUCGUUGCCCUCCCUUCCUCCAUCUGAAAGAAACGAAUCAUAGGAAAGAAGAAAGCCUGUGAGUCCUUGAGGAACUCACCACAGAUUGUCACUAGGCAACAGGAUGGAUUAAAAUCCCCCUCUCCUUCGCCAGAGGCGAAGCUGUGAGGGGGCUCCAGUCUCUGUGGAAACCCAGUGACAACAGACUUUUUUUGAAGGUUUGUCAAAGUGGACUGACCUUGUACAGAUUUACUGUAUGAUACAAAAAAACAUGUAAAUAUCCAAUAUAGCCUAACAGGAAAAAGAAAAUGUAGUAUUUUAUAUGAUUGCAUGGAAAGAAUAACUGUGUAAGCUUUUAUUAGUCGCUUUUGAAAAAUGGAUUUUUACUUUUGUUCAAGUGUUUUCUGGUCAAAGAUGGAGCAACGACGUGCUCUCUCAGUCUUCUCUCCCCACUUCUCUAAAAAAAAAAAAAAAUCAAAUAAGGCUUUAAAGUUGUGUCAGUUUGGUUGGGCUUGGGUUUUCUUGUGGAAGUUGUGUUUUUAAACACUGUGUCUCUGAGACAAAAAUGGCUCUUUUUAACUUUAUAACAAAUUAUGUUUGGCAAGAAACUAGAUCACAGUAUAACUGAAUUCUUUGCAGAAUGAUCACUGUACGUCUAACGGGUUUAGUGAUUCCAAGUGCCAAUAACGUAGUCAAUUAUGUUUUUUGUUUUUUUUAUUUUGAGCAGACUAUUCAAAGGCGUAUAUAUAUUUUCCAACAAGAUAUUACCCAAAAUAAAGUUAGUGCGUGUGUAUAUAGUAGGGAUUAUUUUUUAACAGUCAGAGAGCCCUAUAAGUAACAAACAGUAUAUCCUCAACCUCCUGAAACUUUAGCACUUGAUGUGGUUGUGUACAGUAAAUCACUGUCAAGACCUAGUCGUUUGUAAUCUGUGGUGUGAUUCUGUGAGCUAGUGUGUUUUUGGGAAUACAAUCUUUGUGUGCAUGAGUGGGCAUGAGAGUGUCUGUGGUUGGUUGUGUGUGUGUGUGUGUGUGUGUGCGUGUGCUUGUUGCCCCUUGUGUCUUACAAUAAUUGACUUAGUAAGGGUUUGAAGUUGCUGGAUGGUACUUGUAUUCUCAGGAAUGUGGAAAGUUUUUUGCUUCUGCCUCAGUCUGGAACCAGACCAGGAAGGAUUAAACAGUGAUGCUGCAAAGACCAGAGGAGGAAGUGUGAAGGGUGUGGCGACUGAAUCAAAUUUGACCUAAAUCUCUUAGAGCCUUCCUUGUUAUUUCCUUAUCAAAAUAGUAUGAAGGGAGAACUCUCCAAAGACAGUAAAAAAAGGCUUUUUUUUUGUAAAGAGCAGGAGGACAAGAUAUGAUGCCGUAGAAAAUGUAGAAAAAUAAUUUUCAUCUAUUCACCCAGAUUGGAAUAGAUUGACUUCCUUGUACCAGCAAACCUGCAUUUCUACUCACUGUCUCGUGGUCUUCUGUAUCGUCAGUGUUUCAUCCUUCUAUCUCUUCCUAGGCCUCAGAAACCCUCAUGCAGUUCAGUUCACUUGUCUCUGGUUAUAACCAGGGCUGGGUCCCAGUCCAUUUCAAAUGCAUGGAUGGGUAUGGGCUCAGCCCCUCUACUACAGUCGUAAGCCAUAUCAAACAGAAAACGCCUUGGAUUGGAGGGAGUGUGAUGGUUGGCAAAGGAGCAUUUAGAAUGUGUUGUUUUGUCUCAGAGUGUAGUUCAGUGUGUGUGUGUGUGUGUGUGUGUGUGAAUAUAGCAUCUCCUACUUCUUGUAUCACUCAGGGGGUCAGCAUUGGUUUCCCCUGGCGAUAGCCAAUCAGUUCUUGCGUUGCAGUAUAAAGAAAUAAUUGUAAUAUUCAAGAAACUUCCUCUCCAGUUGGGCUCAGUAUUCUGCAAGCUCGUGUGUGGGACAGCUCAACUUGAAUACAUGUUCGUGUGAGAGAAAGAGAGUGAGAGAGUUUGUAUGCAUGUUUACUGUCACUGUAACCCGUUAUAUUUUCAUAUGGAAACAGAUGUGUGACUGGAAAAGAAUGGAUGGUAGGCAAUGCAGAGCAUUGGUCACCUGUCAGGCUAUAAAGAAGAUGGGCAGUGUUAUUGUUUUACAAUGACAGACUGCUCAACAAACACUUAUCACAGCAACUACACAUCAGACCGGUCUCAAAUGGUUAACCCUCUGAGAUUUAUGUUUUUAAUUUAGAUUGUGCGACUAAGCCGAGACAAAAUGCUCUUCUUGACUUUGUCCACAAAUAAGGAAUAGAAGAGAGGUCUUACUAUUUGAACCAGGUCUUCCACCCAUCACAUAACAAAUAUAGAUCCUCUAUAGACUAGUUUGUGUUUAAGGCGUCACUCUAAAGGGUAAUGAUGUAAUGUUUAUAGUUUGUGUCACUGAUACCCAGCCCAAAGAAUGUAAAGGUGUUUUAAAGAGACUAAUGGAUGUUGUAACUGUUGAUUAUGGAGAACCUUUGACAGGCUUUGUGAUGAAGGAAAACAAGGGGUGUGAAAGAAAAUCAUGUUUCUCACUACAAGGAUCCACAUAUAGAAUCAGACAUGCAAUUUUAUUUACAGGCUUUGCAUUGUAAAAGAAACUCACCAUUACAAACUUUCUGUUUCUGUUUUUGCAACAAUCAUUUUUGGUUGGAAAAAGAAUUUAAAAGGUGCUGAAAGAUGAGGUGUAGGACAAGACGGCGAGGCCCCCCCUCCCCUCCACACACAUCACAUUUCCACAACACAAUCUGGUUCUAAAGAGUCCUAGUCCUAGUAUAAUACUGUACACAUACACAAAGUGAAAAACACCAGUAUUCAGUGUAAAACGGUGCUAUGCUUACCUGUACUGUAUGUAUGUAUAUCCCUUCUUCUGCUCUUGAACUGUGCUCCUUUUAUCUACCCCAAAGUCAAAUGUAAUAAUAAUCAAUAUUUUGAAGCAAAAUGUUUGCUAUUAUUAUAAUCCCUCUCUCCCCUAUUGGUCAAUUUGAAAAUAAAAACAGUUGCAAAUAUUAUACGUGA